AUCUCUAGAUGGAAUAGACUGCGAUUAUCACUGGCUGCUAGGAAGAGCCCUAUAGGAUAAGGAGCUUCAAAUAAUCCGACUUUUGAAAAUGUUUUGAUUAUCUAAAAAGGACCCUCAAGGAAAUAAAUCAAAAAAAAAUUUUUUUGAAAUUGUGAGACAAAAUGAACAACGUUGUGAACAAGAAAUAGAGGAUAUCAAGAAUGGUGUCAGGGCUGGAAAUAUUACACCAGAUACUUCACUUAUUAGAUUCUCAGAUGAAGCACUAGAUGAGCAAAAGCAUAGCAUCAGGAUUGCAGAUGAAAAAGUUGCCUUGGCUGUUCAAGCUUAUGAUUUGGUCUGUUGAUUCUCCUUGUGACUUCAAUAUUUAACUUAUGGACUUAUAUCUUUGAUGUUAUUCUCAGUAAAUGUGAUUUACAAUGCUUGUUGCUGUAUGAUAUUUGGCUCUUAUUGUUUUUUGUUCUGUUUUUGCCAAAUCUUUAGUUUGCAAUUGUCAUCCCUUUUCUCCUGGACAGUGCUUUACCUGACACUAUCAGAUUCUUUUAGCAUUUGCCAUCUAAGAUGUGGGCAAGAUUUUGUCUGGCGUUUGCAGAGGCACAUUAUAUUUUAAGGUCAAAAGUUGUGGGAAUUACGAUGUUCUGUCUGUAUGGUAUUAUUUUAUGGCUACUUAUGUUUCAUUAUUUCAUAAUUGGACUGAUAAUCAAUAAGUCACGGUUAA